AAUAACUCAGUAUGUCCUCAACUCGAGAAGGUUCGCUAUCCGCACUCUCACCCCAAGAUGAAGAUGUUUUCCGCUAUCACUUUAGUAAAGGUCCUUCCUGCCCUGGCUUCUUAUGUAUCAGCUGCUGCUAGCUAUCCACCUAUACCGGCGGACUUGACGACACCGUUCCAGAUGAGAAUUGCGAUAAAUGGACCAAAUGGUAAGUAAUCGUCCUAGAAAUUACCUCAGUAAGAAAGUACUGACUUUAUCAGCCAUUUCUGUGGGGUGGAACACCUACGAAAAGCUCGCUUCACCUUGUGUUCAACAUGGUCUAUCUAGUGAUGCACUUACUCUCGAGGAGUGCUCCACUACUUCUGUCACGUACUCAACAUCCAGAACUUGGUUCAACUCAGUGAUACUACCCAAUCUGACACCAGCAAUCACGUACUAUUACAAAAUCGUAUCCACAAACUCGACGAUUGAGCAAUUCAUGAGCCCUCGUGUGGCAGGUGACAAGACACAAUUUGCACUCAAUGCUAUCGUCGAUCUCGGCGUAUAUGGUGCGGACGGCUUCACAACCUCUGGCGACGCGAGCAAGCGAGAGACCAUACCGCAUGUGAUGCCUUCACUCAACCACACCACUAUCGGUCGACUAGCGACCACCAUCAAUGACUACGAACUCAUCAUUCAUCCAGGAGAUCUGGCUUACGCUGACGACUGGUACCUCGCACCCAAGAACUGGUUUGACGGUACUGAUGCGUACGAAGCCAUCUUGGAAAACUUUUAUGAGCAGCUCGCACCCAUCUCCGGACGGAAACCAUAUAUGGUUUCCCCUGGAAAUCAUGAGGCAGACUGUGAGGAAGUCGUUCUGAUAGCUCAGCUUUGUCCCGCAGGACAGAGAAACUUUACCGACUUUACGAAUCGCUUCGGCCAAACCAUGCCGACUACUUUCGACUCCACAUCAUCCAACAAUACCGUCAAGGUACUCGCCAAUACCGCCAAGAUACUCGCUAACCCGCCUUUCUGGUUUUCGUUUGAGUACGGAAUGGUUCACGUCGUUAUGUUUAACACUGAGACAGAUUUCCCCAACUCACCCGACGGACCAGGAACGACGCUCAACAGUGGGAACUUCGGUGCUUUGGGCCAACAACUAGCAUUUCUCCAGGCAGAUCUCGCAUCGGUCGAUCGUACCAUCACUCCCUGGCUCGUGGUCGCCGGUCAUCGUCCCUGGUACUCCACUGGGAGCUCCGGUUCGCGAUGCACCGAAUGCCAGACCGCAUUCGAAGCAAUCUUCUAUCAAUACGGUGUCGAUCUCGAGAUCUUCGGGCAUAUCCAUAACUCGCAGCGUUUUUUGCCGCAGUUUAAUGGCGUGGCUGAUCCCAAUGGCAUGAAUGAUCCGAAAGCCCCUAUGUCUAUCAUCUCGGGAGGAACUGGAAAUAUUGAAGGCCUGAGCAGUGUUGGCACUGUUACUGCAAAUAACGCUUUCGCAUAUGCUGAUGACUUCUCUUAUGCCACUGUUAAAUUUCUGAAUACUACUAAUCUACAGAUCGAGUUUAUCAAUUCUGCUACGGGCGCGGUGCUGGACUCGUCGGUAUUAUACAAGUCACACACGCAGCAAUUUGUGGAUCAGUCUUAGUUUUAUUGCAAUUGUGUGCGAGCACGCUUGAAAAUUGCAUGUCUUCCUG